GGUGAGUGUAGGGUCGCAAAUGUGUGCGUAUGCAUGUGUAUGUGUGUGGGGAUACUAUGUGUGUGUGGCACUGGCUUGUGACUGGCUGGCCGUGUCGGCACUUCCCCUCGAACGCCUAUUCGGGCUGUCUCUGUCGCUCUCUUAGCACUGGGCUCGGCGCGGCUGCUGCUGGCAGCGCUCGGCCGCCACGAGUGUGUAGUGGAGGAGACGCCGCGCUCGCGCGAUCUCGCCCCCGGUCUCUGUGCCUGUCUCUCUCUCUCUCUCCUCUCUCUCUCUUUCUUUCUCUCUCUCUUUCUCUCGGUCUGUCCGUGCCUGUGUUUCUCUAUCGCUUCUCCAGCGGUAAUUCUACAGUCCGUCUGUCGUGUCGUUGGAUCAGAGUGGAUCCGCGCUUUAUCAAGACUCGGUACGCGGCUCUUACUCCUUGUCACGUCCAGGCAGCUAUACGCAUAUCCAGCCAUCUCAAGUAGUGCCAGUGAACCAUAGAGUGCUGUGCUAGAUUUGCGCUUUGCGCGUGUUAGCUCGGGGACUUGAUCCGAGAAGGAGGUGCGGCGAUCGGCGGCUGCCGCUGACGCUCGCGCUCGACAGACGUCAUCGGCGGCGGCAGCGGCAGUGAAGCGGAGAGAGAAAAGCCAGCCGCAACAGCAGCCGAAGACGCGAGCGCACGAGUGCGCGAGGAGGUGCGGGCAGCGCGCACGCUCCCAGCCUGCAGACGGAGCGGACAGCCAACUGGGCGUUGCGGACUCGCGAGAGCGCUGCUAGGAUGUCCGUCAGAAUGGAGAACGUGGCCGCGCCGAGGAAGCUCAACUACAAGAUGAUGGGUCCUAACGGACCGCGGCCGACGUACACAGGUGCGAACGGAGCCGGCGGCGGGACCGGAGGAGGCGGCGGUGGCUCCGGAGGUGGCGCCGGCGCCGGCAGCAGCACGGGCCAGGCCGGCGGCCAACAGCCGAGCGGCGGCGGCGGCCAGAGCAACGUCGGGGGCGCGGCGACGACUGGGGUCGGCGUGAAGAGCGCCGGCGGGCCGCGCGGCGGCGGCGGCGCCGGCGGGCCCGGGGCCUACCGGGCGAGCGGCGGCGCGGGCGGCGGGCCGACCUCGGGCGCCGCGACCACGGCCGCCGCCGCGGCCUGGGGGGCGCCGGCGCCCCAGCACGCAGCCGCGGCGGCAGCAGCUGCGGCAGCUGCCGCCGCCGGCUAUCCGGCCUACUCGAGGUACCCCAAUGCUGCGGCCGCCGCGGCGGCCGCGGCCGCUGCGGCCCAAAUGCCCGUCAGCGCUCAGCAGAUUGCGCCCAACCCGGCUAAUCCCUACAGUGCCACCAGCUACGCCCAGCACGCGUCGUAUGGCGGGCAGCGAGUUCCUACCGCCUCCUCUCCGGCCAACACUAACAGUAGUUCUAGCAGUGCCACGGGUAGUCAGAGCGGAACCAUGAGUACUAACCUUAGCAAUAACGCGAUGCAGGGACAGCAGUCCGAGCAGCUCUCCAAAACCAACCUCUACAUUCGUGGCCUCAACCAAAAUACCACUGACAAGGACCUCGUCAACAUGUGUUCUCAGUACGGAACCAUCACCUCCACCAAGGCGAUUCUCGACAAAAAUACUAAUAAAUGUAAAGGUUACGGCUUUGUAGACUUUGAGUCACCGGUAGCGGCAGAGGGUGCUGUCAAAGCCCUGGUCGCCAAGGGUAUCCAAGCACAGAUGGCGAAAGUGGGUAUCUGGUUGAUCCGUAGACUGGCCAGUGUACGUUGGUUGUGCAUGCAACAACAGGAGCAGGAUCCGACAAAUUUAUACAUUGCAAAUCUGCCACUGUCCUUCAAAGAAAAUGAUGUUGAAGCAUUAUUAACUCAAUACGGUCAAGUUAUCUCCACGCGUAUUCUACGCGACACUUCUGGACAAAGUAAAGGAGUCGGAUUUGCAAGGAUGGAAUCCAAAGAGAAAUGCGAGCAGAUUAUUCAGAUGUUCAAUGGCAAAGCGCUGCACGGAGCAAAGGAUCCUCUGCUGGUGAAGUUCGCUGACGGCGGUAACAAGAAGAAAUCUCUGUAUAAGAGCACGAUAUGGAGAGAGCAGGGUGACAUGAGUAAUUCGGUAAAUAAUAUGACAUUGAACUACGACACAACAGCGGUUGGCCAAAACGGAGUGGCGACGGCUCACAUGCUGCCAACUGCAACUCUUGCUCAGUACGGCCGACAUUACAGUCAAGCUAUGCCUGGUUACAACGUGCCGGGAGCACCCUGGGUCACACCCUACCUCGCUCUACAAACUCCUCCUCACAUGCAACAGGUCGACAUGAUGCCAUCGGCCGACCCGAGUAACCCACAGUAUAGCAUGAUUCCACAGCUUACCACUCAGAUGUCUACAUUACAUCUUGGCACUGGUUCCUAUAUAAGUCCACAUCCAUACCCAUACACGACUUACCCGGCUCCCAGCAUCAUACACGCUCCGAUGACUCUUGGUGACUCCGAGCAGACGAGCAACGCAGCUUCACCGGACGACUCCUACCAACAAUACCAGGCUCAGCAGCCCAAGUAGGCUACAAAUUUUCUAGGUUUAACUAUGCGGAAGGUUAUACGAGUUAGGCAAGAUAUGCUUGCCAAUAUGGAGAGUUACAUUGAAAAUAAGAGAUAACAACAACAAAAACACAACAUUGAUGAGAAAAAACAAACAAACAAAAAGCAAAAAAAAAAGAAAGGAAGAAAGAAACCGACGAAUAGGCAAGAGCAAACAGAUAAUGCAUUGAGUAAAGUCAGAAAUGAAUCCUCCUAACAAUAAAUUGACUUACCAGCCAUCUUUUAUACAUUUUAUCCAGCAAGAUAAAAUAGGUGAAAGUAGUUGAAUAUUUUGCAACGAUUAGAGAAUGAUUGAAUGUUGAUCUUGAGAUUAGGAGAGCGAGCAGGGACAAAACGAUACUCGCAAUGUUGAUUUAUGUAUGUCAUGCUAUACACACAAACAAAAGAAAAUUAAAAGAAAAUUCAGAAAAAAAAAAUGAUAAGAAAAAACGGCACGACGGCCACACAAAGCGCCAACACACCGUAUGGUUAAUUAGCGAUAGCUGAUAUAGGCAACGGGGCAGUCAUAGACGUCAAGCUGAUAGGCUUCCAGGAUAACUUUAGGUAUUACAUACUAAGGAAGACGUAAAUAAGUCGUCGAAACUAAAUGCUUGAGAGAGUGUGAAUAAAUAUUUUAACAAACUGGAAACUAUAAAGAAGAAACGCUGCUUAGAAAUAUACAAAGAAAAUGAAAAAUCUUCCCAUGUUUCAAGUUUCAGAAAAACUCAAAUUCUAACUCGUAGUUGAUUGUUUGCAACAAGACUCGUAGAAUUUUUCCAAAAAGAAACUCGUUAUCCUUAUCAAUAACAUGCCUUACUAUACAAUUUUUACCUUUUUAUAUUGUUCACUGGCUACUUUAUUAGAACAAAUUUUGAUACAGUGCCUUUAUUGACCUUUGAGUCCUUUAAAUACGCGGAUUUCUAUCUAUAUAAUCAUCUGUGUAAAUUAUCGUUGUGAUCUUAUUUUGUCGUAUUUAUGCCAGUUCUUCAUCUCUUUAAACCCAUGCUCACACUUUCCACAUCUAUACUUUUGUCAAGUCGUAAUAAUCAUUAAAAAAUUGCAAUUUUCAAUGUUAAUUUUAUUUAAUAUCUAUUUAAUAGAUAUAUUAUCGUAUUUAUUGUAAAGAGGUCAAUUGGUACGGGUUGUUUAGAAAGAUCAUAACAAAUCGGUAAGGUGCUAGUGAACAGUUUUUAAAAGAAAUACAAAGAUUGAUAACAUUUGAUCGUAGCUUUUCUAUUAUAGCAGUAUGAAAGGAUUUCGAGUAAUUUUAUAAAACAAAGUGUAACAAUAGUUAAACUUGAAUUUUUCACGAAACUUGAAAAAGGUCAGGGCAUAAGCCAGUAAAAGUGCCCUUAGUUUAUUUUGGAUCGUUUGGAAAAAGAAAGCUAGUCUUUGUGAAAGAUAAUGUGGAGGUUUAGAUAGAGUCUUUUAAAGAAAGGAAAAAAGUAAUUGAAUAACAAAAUGGGCAGAUAUAAAAGUAUAUGAAGAACGCCUGUGAAAAAUAGAGAAUAUUUGAAAAAGCGAUCUGCCUAUUAACAUGAUACAGACUGCUGAUACACUGUUAAAUUGUAAAAAAAUAUCUGCACACAUGUGCUGCGAGUGCACGUUGCAUCGAAGCAUGUACAGAUCUGUUGAUUUUAUCACGUAACAUUCAUGAAUCGGAUCAUCUAAAAUGAUACGCCAAAAAUAAAAUUAUUAAAAUUAAAAACAUAAAAAUAAAUUUUGUUGAUAUCAAAUUUGUCCCUUUUUAUUGCUCAGUAAAUAAAAGUCUGAAUUGAAAAAAAUUAAAUUUUAAAACUUAAAUUUUUCUUCACUCAAAUUAUGCAACUACAGUUUUUUGAAAGGGACACGAGACUCACUCGCGAAGUAUUCUUUGAGGCAGAUAUCUUAUAAAAAAACUCUAUGCACUUAUGAAGGAUACUGCGAAUUAAAUAUUUUUAAAAACUAUAGAUUUUUUAUAUUUUUAUGCAAAUUUUUAGAGUUGAUAUUAUUAGGAUUAACCUUCAUUGUAACGAAUUGUUCUAUUUUAAAGAAAUCGAAAAUAUAAAACGAAAUCCCGGCUAGAUAAUCGAUAUAAUCGUGUAUCAGACAGAAGAUGUAUAUGAAAUUCUAAAUUCGGCAAAAUGAAUUUUUUUCUCAAUUCAACGUCUUGUACAACAUCAUUAAUGGAAUAUAACAAAUUUUGUUCGGAAACCAGGAUAUGUACAUUGUACAAGCACGUCUUGCCUGACGAUACAUUCAUGUCAAAGUUAGUGUAAUCAAUGUAAAUUCCUGAACGAAGAAAUCGAUAGAGUAAGGCUUAAUCGACAAAGUAGGUAAAACGGUUCGACUGAAACGUACGUAAGGCAAGAUGGUCUAGAAACGAUUCAGUAUUAAAUAAGAACGUCCCGCAUAAACAUUAGACGUUACACAUUCCCCCACAUUAUCCUGAAGCAGCGCAAUGCAUUUACGGUGUCCACCUAAAGUAAUGACUUAGGUUAAAGGUAAAAAGAAACAAGACUGGGAAGUAGCGUGUUACGUGUGAGUCAGUAGGCAAACCUUUUAAAUUUCGAAGAUUUUCUUAGCGCCCUUAGAGUGUAAAAUGUGAUAUUUUUCACGAGAAAAAAGAGAGAAAGAGGUUGAGAGAGAGAGAGAGAGAGAGAGAGAGAGAGAGAGAGAGAGAGAGAGAGAGAGAGAAUGCGCGCACCACAAAGAGAGAUGGAUAGAAUGAACGAGUGGAAAGCGAAAGAGUGUGAGAAAAAAAAAGAAAUUUUUUGUGACCGGUCGAUGAGCAAAUGGACGUAGGCGAGCUUUUUCUUCCAUGGAAAAAGCUUUGGCGUUGUAUCGUUUAGUCUAUCUGUUCAUCAAUAUAAAAAAAGUGCUUUUGUUAAAGCGCUAUCUAGCGAGAAUAAAAGAGGAAUUUUAAAAAUCGGCACGGUGCAAUGGAAUUCAUCGGAUGGUUUAUAGAAAUAAAGACGAUACUUUUGUGUCAAGGCUAUUUCGAACCUUUCAAUCAAUUUCUUUUUACUUUUUCAACGCUUGUAAAAUGUUAAUCCUGUAAAUAUUACGAGUUACAAGUAAGAAACGAAAUGACGUGUUACUAUGUGAAAAAUUUCUUUGCUUACGAAAAUGAUCCCUUCUGUUGGCUUCUGUGGAUGAGUUUGCCUCUUAUUAUCUGAUAAGCUGAUUAUUUUUUUUACUUCUACUUUUUGGCUUUUUCGUCUUCUUCUAAGUUCUUGUUGAAUCACUGAGCGACAAUGUGGGAACAACUGAUAUUUUUUUUGUGUUUACUAUUUUUGAUUAUUUGUACAUUGUAGAUUGAAUUAAUAAUUUCAUACAGAAAGGUCUUUGUAUAAUCCACAGUUUUAUGUUAGUUAAUGACUGAGGAUCACAACUUUUGCGCUGGUAUUUUUUUGACAUUAAUAAAAUAAAUUAUAGUAAGUAAAUUUUUUCAAGUUGGUUAUUCUAUCAAAUCAAAGAGCCCUGCAAAUUUUGCAUCAAUUUAAAUAUAUUUUUGUAAUUUUAAUUUUAAUGCUUCGCAUUUGUAAAUAAACAUAACACAACUUGUGCUGAUUGUUGUUCUAUAUGAAAUGGAACAUUUUUUAUUUACUAAUUUUUAGAUAUUGCUUAAAUACUUUGGAACUAUAAAUCUAGAAUAAUAAUGAAUUACUUUUAUUUUAAAUUCGUGAAAAUGCAAUUUUGUACAUUUAUGAAUUUCUAAUUUUAUAAUGUAAGAUUAAGUUGACAAUUAACUUAGCAUGUAAAUAUACAAUAGAAUGAACGUUGAACGAUAAAGAGACGGAAAUUAGAGAUAAUAAAUUAUAAUAGAUUUUAAUUUACAA